AUGAGGGUAACACUUGAGAUGCUGGCAGCAGCCAUGAGUGCCAUCUCACCGUCACUAUUGCUGGAGGACUUGCGCGACAAGAUCCUCAAGAAAUUUGGGUCUCUCUCGAACUGCUUUGCAGCUCUUGACAUGGAUCAAGGGGACUCUCUGGAUAUUGGUGAGUUUAUCCGCUACGCUGUGCCGGCCUGGAAGCUGACGACCCACGAGGCAGGGAAGGCCUUCCGGCUCAUCGACGUGGAUGGCAGCCUUCAGAUCAGUAAAGACGAGUUCGUCACAGCGCUUACGCUGUCUGAGCCCAACCUGUAUCUGGAUGAAAUCCGUCGCAAAGUGCGUCAGCGUUUCAGAAGUAUGCGAGGGCUACUCAGUGAGGGCAAUGAUGAUGAAAUCGAUGCUGAUGAGGUGCUGGACUUUGAGCCACCACCCGCUGUGGAAAUCGCACCGUCCAGGAGAGGAUCCCUCUACCAGAGGCACUCCGUGGUCGUGGCCCAGGAGUCCCCGCGCAGCGACGGGAUGACCGCUGAGGAGUCUCGACGGGCUUCCUGGGUUGCAAAGCACACUGGCCUGGGUUCGGAGAAAGCACAGGAUUUGCUCAAGGACUUGGUCGGACCUGGCUCCGACAAGAGCGAGGACGAUGGCCGUACUCCCGAGGAGUAUCAGGAGAUGCUCGGGCAGGUGCAGCUGUCCGAGCAGGACACGAGGGCACUAUUCAACCUCAUGGACGUGAAUAGGGAUGGCAAGCUCACGACGACGGAGUUCGAGCACGGCGUGCGUCUGUUUGCUCCGUCUACUGCGCUGGAGGACUUGCGCCUAGCGUGCAUCACGAAGUACGGAGGCAUCCCAGAGGCGUUUGCCUCGCUCCGGGCGGACCAGCGCGAGGCCCCUUUGGAGUACCACCAGCUGAAGAAGAUUCUGGAGGACAUCCGAAUUUGGGAUGAGAGCACUGGCGAUCUGCGCCUGAUCAUGGACAUCGUGGAGUGCAACCGAGAUGGUGGAACUACCGUCGGCGAGCUCAUGGCUGCUCUGCAAGCUGGACAGUCGGGUACGCAGGUUCGCCUGCCUCCAGAUCAGCGUGACGCCAAAGUACGCCAACAGGUGAAAUGGCAGAUGGCUCCUUUCCGCAGAUGCGCAAGUGAACUGCGUGCCCAUGUCCGGGAGAAGCUGAAUGGAAACGAGCUGGAGAAGAUGUGGAAUCCUAG